CGAGGAUCGUCGAUAGCUGAGCCAAAGUAGCCCGUUCGCAGCGGCUGGAAGUCAAAGUGCGGGUCAAUUAGCGGCGGGAAGGCCGAGAGCGCGGACGCAGCGGCCUGCGUCGCGUUCGAGUCGCUUGUGGUCAGCACUGUGCAGCAGAAUUGAUGAUUUGUAUGAAGAACCAACCCAUUUUUCACACCUAGGCAAGUGGGCGCGCGUUUGGUGGCCAGGUCUACGGUGAUUGGCCCCGAUAGCCACAUGACCCGCCGACGUAAUGAGUCGCCGGCGACGCUCCGUCAGCACAGCGCGCAAGGAUACGUAGUGCCGACAAUAUGGCCCGGAUAACACGCCGGCGGCAGCCAAUGAGAAGAGGGAAGAGCGUUCGCCAGUCAUGCCCUGAUUGCCUAGGGGGCAUGACCGUCUAGCCCAGGAUUAUCACUCGCUAAUAGGCUUCUUGAACUUUAAUGACACGUUUUGCCAUAUAUGGAAGUGGUUACCAUGCCAACCCGACAGUUUCAACUAUCGUGUCAUAGUUCAAAAUAGCUGGGUUACGUCCAGACGGUAGAGGAGAGAUCUGUGGUGUGUCGUCGACGGAAGCAGACCAGUUCGGCGGCGGCUGUCUGACUGCCUCACCCCCGGUUCAAGUUUGGGGCUUCGUACAUGUGACGUUGACUGUGGCUGGGAGCAGCAGUUUGGUGCCAGCCUCUGAUCAAGAAGGACGCUGUGAAACUCGCUGGUCUCGGAUAGUGCGCGCGCAUCAGCGGCCCUUGUCCACCAAGUCGCCGCCACCUUAGCAUGGCCCUGGUGGCAACCUGGCGGGACCCGGCCUCAAGUACGGGGAAUACGGCUGCCGACGGUGACUUAGUCCCGCAGACCCCGACCGCUGUCCAACCCACUUCGGCCCAGCCCAGUACGCCAUCGCAGAGUUCCGACAAGAACCAGCAGCACAUCGAAUGUGUGGUGUGUGGAGAUAAGAGCAGCGGAAAGCACUACGGUCAGUUUACCUGUGAGGGAUGUAAGUCUUUCUUCAAGAGGAGUGUCCGAAGGAACUUGACGUACACGUGUCGUGGCAGCAGAAAUUGUCCUAUUGACCAACACCAUCGGAACCAGUGCCAGUAUUGUCGUCUGAAGAAAUGCCUGAAAAUGGGCAUGCGCAGGGAGGGUAGGUGCCCAGCUGUACAGAGGGGACGUGUUCCACCCACCCAACAUGCCCUGCCUGGUCAGAUGGCCCUCACCAACGGAGACACACUCAACGGACAUUCCUAUCUUUCAAGUUUCAUCUCCUUGCUGUUACGGGCCGAACCCUAUCCACCUUCGAGGUACGCCCAAUGUAUGCAGCCCAACAACAUCAUGGGGAUAGACAACAUCUGCGAAUUGGCAGCAAGGCUCCUGUUCAGCGCCGUGGAGUGGGCUAGGAACAUUCCGUUUUUUCCAGACUUGCAAGUCACCGACCAAGUGGCCCUCCUACGGUUGGUGUGGAGCGAGUUGUUCGUGUUGAACGCAUCCCAGUGUUCGAUGCCUUUACACGUUGCGCCGUUACUAGCGGCAGCCGGACUUCACGCAUCGCCCAUGGCGGCGGAUCGCGUGGUUGCCUUUAUGGACCAUAUUCGUAUUUUCCAAGAACAAGUAGAAAAACUCAAAGCUCUCCACGUGGAUGCUGCAGAGUACAGCUGUUUAAAAGCAAUUGUAUUAUUUACGACAGGUAAGUGUCAAUAUUUUUCUUAACCGCCCCGAGCUAGAAUGGUAUCUAGAACACUGAUUGUUUCCUCUUUGACCUCUGAUCCAAUCAUCUCUCACGCCAAAUGCGUGGAAGAGGGCAACAAUACCCUCCAAAAAUUUCAUUCACUAAAACAACCAAUAUUGUUUAAACGAUAGCUCUUAUCAAAAACGAUAUAUCUCGGUGGGGAUAAAAAAAAUUGUUAGCAUGCUUCUUCUUCUUCUUUUGACGAUUGCUUUUUUCUUCCUUUUUUUUCUCCAAACUUGUCUUUGGGGAAAGCCGGUUUGGGUUAUAAAUUUCCCUCCUUCAUUCUGCGGUUUUGUUAAGCCAACUGAGACGACGUGAAGCUCGGUCAACCAUCCCGGAUCUAAAGACCCGCUCUGACUUGUCAGGGGUGCAGCAAUUCGGCUCAAAUACCUUAGUUCACCCAACGAAUCAUAACGAAAAGAACACUUCUUAAGUGGAUCGUUGUCGUUGCUAACUGUGACAAGACGAAAUCGUACAGUUCACUACGACACUUGGCAUUUCUCUGUAAAUCAUUUUUAGACUGUGUGUUUGCUUCCACCACCAAAGAUACGGCAACACGCCAUGAAUUAUUGACGGCGAUUUCUUGGCGAUAAAUUACAGAAACGUGUCUGUCUGGCUUGAUAUCCGAAGCAAAGUCUCAGCACCAACAUUUAAGCACGCAGAAGGAUAUAGACUGGAUAAAUUCCAUUCAAUAGUAGACAGUUUAACUCGCUAAUUCUUAACCUCCCUUAAGGAAAGCUUUGUAGGACGCAAGCUAAAUCCAUCCCAAAAACACUCGUAAAAGCUGCAAGGCAAAACACUUUUUAAUUUUAACUUAGCCACAAAUUAAUUCUCCAAUCGAUAAAAAACAAUUUAAACCAUGCUUUGAAUCCUAAGCUAAGAAAUGUUCUUCACAAAUUUACACCCGAUAGAACAGGCCUAAAUGGCUUACCCUUAAGUGUAGAGCUAGCAGUGUUUAUAGAUAUGAUACGAUAGAGAUAGCUGACACAUGUAAGAGGUUUUAAAACAGUUCCACGACAGGGUAUUAAAGGUGAGUAUCGACCGCUCAGACUGCAGUCGAUUGGUAAUUGUUUUUAUGUGCCUUCUCCGCUCGGAUAUUGAACAUAGCAUGGAAGGGAGGAGACAGCGAAGAACAGCAGCAGCCACGGAAAAAAAAAACUUUAACGGUUUCACUAACGAUUAAUUUAACAUUGCCUCAAACCAUAACUGCGAAAGAUCGAACGCUCGCCACUAUACAAUACAGUUUUUGCCAUAUCCUGUUUAGAUGCCUGACAAUCAGCUGAUACGAAUAUGCUAGGGCUCCACCUCCUAAGUAAGGGCGUGUGCUGCAUUUGGUCUAGAGAUGCGAAUUUUUCCCACGGACGGUUAUUCUUAGUUAUUACAGUCAUCUUUGUACCCUUUCCUAGUACACAACAGAGAGAAGUCAUGCGUAAAACACUUAAAGAAAUGUCACUGUCCGUAUAAUGAACAGGAAGAAAUGUUUUGUGAUGUUUUGGGAAUAAAAAUACUUGAUUUUUCAAAUAUUUUAGAUUGUUUAUAAACUUUUUAUAUGACGAUUUAGCUAGCAGCGACUUUAUAGGCUUAUAGGCUAUUCGUGUCAUGUUUUGAAAUAGAUAAAAACAGCUCUUAACUUCUUUAUAGACUGAGUUUUACUUAUUUAGUAAAUAUAUAAAUAACUUAUAUAAUAAUUCAAUAGAGAAAACUAUAAAGAUACGAAAAUAUAAAAACUUUUCAGUUAAUUAAUUAAUUAUUCUUGAAUUAAUAAUUUAUAUGUGAUAUUUUAUUGAAUAUAUUUGAUUUUAGUGAUUAGAGUGUAGAAAAUUUAAAAUUGCUCUUCUCCAUCUCAUUAAAUAGGAAGUUAUUGUAGCUACUUCCUUUAAAAUCUUGUGAUCUAUGUGCAACUAGAAUAGGAAAUCAGUUUUAAUAAUUAAAAAUUUUAUAUUUUAUAUAUAUAAAAGUAUUAAUUAAUAUUAGAUAUAAGAUAACCCAUAAUUAUAUUAGGCAUUUUGUAAAUCAUU